GUGAAAUGGAAAACCAAACAAUAGUGAAUAUGUUAGUUCUCACUGGUCUUCUAGAUCUUCCAAGUCUUCAGUUUCCUCUGUUCCUGGUGUUUCUCUUGAUCUACCUUAUGACUUUAACUGGAAACCUUCUUAUCCUUUUCCUGAUUAUCACUGAUUCCCAUCUUCACACCCCCAUGUACUUCUUCCUUGGAACCCUGGCAUGUCUGGAUAUGAGUUACUCCUCAGUGACUGUCCCAAGGAUGCUCUUUGAUUUACUCACACAAAAAAGAGUAAUUUCAGUGACAGCUUGUAUAACUCAGAUCUACUUCUUCUUAUUUUUCUGUACAUCAGAAGUGUCUCUGCUGGCAGUGAUGUCCUGUGACAGAUACAUUGCCAUCUGCCGCCCUCUUCACUACAUGCAAAUAAUGAGCUGGAAGGUUUGUGUUCAGCUUGUAUCUAUUGUUUGUGUUUUUGGUGCUGCACAAUCCUUGUUACACACUGUUUUUUUAAGUAAAUUGCUAUUUUGCAGGACUGGUGCUUUGCAAAAUUUCUUUUGUGACCUGCCCCAGUUCCUUGAGGUCUCCUGUAGUGACACAUUCAUUAAUGUAUUUCUUAUAUUUAUCAUGGGAAUAUUGCUUGGAGUAGGCUCUUUAGGAGUCACCUUUUUCCCAUACAUCACUAUAAUCACCACAGUACUUAAAAUCCCAUCAAAACAGAUGAGAUCCAAAGCUUUCUCCACCUGCUCCUCUCAUCUAACGGUGGUCUUUAUAUUUUACACUACUAUUUUCUUCAACUACUUUCGCUCAUAUUCAAAUGAUAAGUAUGGUGAGGACAUUGUGGCUUCUAUACUUUAUGCAGUAUUAACUCCAUUUUUAAAUCCUCUGAUCUACAGUUUGAGGAACCAGGAACUUAAAGCAUCCCUAAAAAGAAAUCUGCAAAGGCUGGAAAUCCAAACUGGACAAAAGAUAUCUACAAUAGUUGAAGAACAAUAA